AUGUUCCCUGCUAAACUAUUAAAGCGUGCGAAUGUACCAAGCAAAGCGAUAAUUCGAUACAAAAACCCCGAUCACCACUGGUCGGUAGUGCGCAAGAAAACCUUCGCAGUGGACAAAGCCCUCCAACACUUCGACGAUUUCUACAAUCAAGUGUACAGCAAAAAGUGGCUGUCGAUCCGCAAGGCUCUAUUAAAAGACCGCCACAAGUACGUAGCCGUGCUCAACUACUACGGAGACCUCGAAGCCACCAAGUCGGCGCUGGAAUCCCUGGGGGCCCUCAACAUCCGGAAGUUAUUCGCCUUGGAAAAGGGCUACAUCGAAGCAGCCCUGGCUCAAAACAAACCCGACCGGGUGCUCGACGAGAUAUUCCGAAGGGAAUCCCCUACACCCGAUUCACCCGAAGGUACAGAAGUCAAACCGGACGCGCCUCGUACGUUCAACGCUAGCGAUUAUUCGCUGAAGACCAGCCUGGACCAGGCCGAUUUGGACACCAAACGAUUGAUCGACAGCGACGAUUCGUUGUCGGUCGAGGUCCUGCACCAAUUCGUACCGGCCACCAGGAUAAAAGGCAAGGAGGAUUUCAUACUGGAAUCCAGCCACUACAAGAUGUACGAUCAGAAGGCCGAGUUCCACGUGGACGUGUCCAAGGAAUACGAUCUCCACUUCCCCGAGCAUUUGAACGUCUACUGCUUCGAGGAGGGCAACAAAAGCGACUUCCCUCCGGCCAAAAGAGCCUCUACAGGCGUAUUAAAUUACUAUCUCAUGGACGGAGGCUCCGUGUUGCCCGUACUAGCUCUGGACAUCAAACCGAACAACAGGGUGUUGGACAUGUGCUGUGCCCCCGGCGGUAAAAGCCUACUAGCCCUGCAAACACUGUACCCCGAGCGAAUCGUAUCGAACGAUGUGUCUCUAUCGAGAGUUCGACGAAUGCAAAGCGUCUACAAGCAGUUCCUGAUAGACUUCGAGGACAGCUGGCUGGGCAAAGGGAAAGUCAAAUUGACGCAACGCGACGCCCGCUCGAUAGACUACGAUCAUUACGAUCGAAUACUGGUGGACGUGCCCUGUACGACCGAUAGGAUAUCGCUGCACGAAAACGACAACAACGUGUUCAAACCGUCGAGGAUCAAGGAGCGAUUGCAGCUGCCCGAACUCCAAGGGGAGAUACUCUUUCACGCCUUGAAUUUGGUUAAAAAAGGGGGUGUUGUGGUGUAUUCGACGUGCACGUUGAGCCCCAUACAAAACGACGGCGUCGUACACAUGGCGCUGAAGCGCGCUUGGGAGGAGACCGACAUGAAGAUAAUCGUCAAGGAUCUUUCACCGGCUCUGAUGCAAACGAAAAGCGUUUACAAAUUCGCCGAGCAGAGGAUGCUGAGAUACGGCCACUUGGUCAUACCGCUAGUCGACCAAAAUUUCGGCCCCACUUACUUCUGUAAGCUACAAAAAAUACAAUAA